GCGAUCCUGAGCGUGGAGGCUUGUUCUCUGCGUCUCGGUUGAUUGCUGGACAGUUCGACGACUUAAGGAGCCAUCAUAUUUAUGGAUGGUCGAUUAUUUCCGGUCGACAGAUCUCAGAUUAAAGGUCGACAUUGGGUGUUCGCUCUGGUCUUGAGCUCCCUUCCCUUUGGGGUUGGUGAGCUCGGCUGGAGAGCCUGGUGCUCGGCGGCGUCAUAUUCCUACUCCCUUCACCGAUUUGGCCGUUGGCCCAUGAGGUUAGGGAAAAACCAUGGCCAGCCAACAUACUUUUUCCUUGCUACGUAAAUUUUGCUACAGUCCUAUACUAGAUAGGCGUGAUUGGUAGACUGUCUUUGCAGUGUAACUGAUCGAUUGAGCAUAUAUCUCGUAAAGGUCUCAGAGAGCGUGCUUCGUAUAAC